CAAAAAUUCCCGCUCCCGCUGGGCUGCUGCUGAAAAAUCGGCUGCGAAAAAAGGUUCCAGAAGUGUGAAAUAAGUGCAAAUUGUCUCUAAAAACGCUUCUCCGGACGGUUUUUGGCUGUCGAGCUGGCCGCCAGCGGGUAAUUUUCUACUGUGCAACUCCGAGGGUCACAUAAAUAGCGAAACAGGAUCGGGGCGGCGGAAGCCUCUCGCACUUCCGGCCGGAGGCCAGGCCGCUGUUCCGGGGCCCGUCGGGUGCACCGGCAGGAGCUGGUUCCUGUACCUGUGUCGAAGGCCGAGUACUGAUCGGGCUGCAACGAUGGACGAGGCGGCGGCACGUGACAAACGGUCACAGGAGAUUGAAAAGGAGUAUCUCUCCAGCCUGGCGGAUCUGAAUGUGAACAGCAAGCCGCUGAUCAACAUGCUGACCAUCCUGGCCGAGGAGAACGUUGAGUACGCCCAGGUCAUCGUGAAAUCGGUGGAAAACCACCUCGCUCAGGUUGGGCCAGAAGUUAAACUACCAAUACUUUACCUCGUUGAUUCCAUCGUUAAAAAUGUGGGCAAACAGUACCAAUCGCUGUUUAGUCAGGUCAUAGUGAACAUGUUUUGCGGCGUGUUUGAGACGGUGAAUGAACGGGUUCGGGAGAAAAUGUUUGGAUUGCGACAAACGUGGAACGACGUGUUUCCUCAGUCUAAGCUGUAUGCGUUGGACAUCAAAAUCAACUCCAUCGAUCCGGGAUGGCCAAUCACGGCGCAGAUGAAACCUAAAGGGCCUGCAAUCCACAUCAAUCCAAACUUUCUCAAAGGUGUACCUGAACAAACGGCUGCAAUUCAUGCGGAACUCGAGAAGAAACGCCAGGAAUUGUUAGAGCUGCAGACGCGAAAGUUGGAACUCGAAUUGCUUGCCACGAAGAAGCGCAUCGAAGAACAGGAGAAACAGUUGAGCUUACAGGCGGACAGUGUAGCAAAAGGGCUCCCAUCGACAGUAAGAAAGACGUUGGAAAAUCCGUCAAUGGUGCAUCCGUCCGGAGCAAUAGCUGUUGCUGCUGCUCCUGUUGUGGCUGGUGGUGUUACUGGUGUUGGUGGAAUUACGCCAAAAACGCGCAUCGCACCUGUGUCGCAAAGUAUGAUCAACAGUAUGAUGAAUUCUCGUGAUCCGCGACUUUUGAAGCAUCAAGCGACGGUUGGUACCAACUCUACGCAAUCGCAAUCCGCCAUCGCUCAUCGGCCAUCUGGUGGUGGUGCCGCUGCAAUUGCAUUGCCUCCGCAUGGGAUUGUUCCGGUUGGCGGCGGUGGUAACAUGUUGAGCGAACCAUCAGCAACAGAGAGCAACAUGGCGAGCAAAGCCAGUAACGCUGUUGUUAAGGAACGCCUGGGAGGGCGAGGUAAACGAAUAGUAGAGGGUGUUAAUAGUGUUGGCAUUACCAAGCAAGAGUACGGCUCAGACAAUGGGACUGUUGGAGGCGCACGGUUGAAGAAAAUGUCUUCGCUCGGUAGCAGUACCGCUUCAUCACAUAAAUCACGACACGAUCAUCACGAAGGGGGUAAAACUCGGAAGGAUCGCAUAAGCAAAGAUCAAAUGAGUACUGCACGAUCCAAUGGGAGCAAAGGGAGCUCAGGAAGCUCGGGAAGCUCGCCGAGCAAGUCUAGUACCACGGCACGCACCGUUUCGGGCGGUGAAAAACGCAAACAACAUGGUACGACAAACGAUACAUCGCCGCAAGGACGCAAGUCACCCCAUACCGGUUCACCGGGGAAGAAGAAAUCUUCUGAUAUCAAGAUCUCUCCGUCAUCUAGCGAUGGAGGAAGAUCGUCCAAGCACGAAUCUAAAUCACUUCCUACCAUCGGAAAGAUCCGGAAGAUAGGCACCAAUCGAAGCGAUAGCGCAGCGACACCGCUGGCAGUAGAUAUCCCAAGCGGCACUGCGGUUGCUGUGGCACAGGAUGUGGAUUUGCGUUAUAUGAUGCCGGACAAGCGGAUGAAGAUUGAUGGAACUACCACAGCCAAUCAUCACUCAACGUCGGAUGUGAUGUCAGGAGCAGCGCCUGCUGCUGCUCAGCAGCAAGAUGUGGACGAAAGAGCGUCGCUGGUAUCGAUGAUGGGGCCAAAGGCAUCCUCGUUCGAUGUACAAAGUACUUCAAGUAACGCUCAGGCAGAGGAAGAUGCACUGUCGGCUCUGAUUAGUAAAGAUAUCGAUUUGAGAAAGCUUCCCCUUCAGCUGAUACCAAAUACCCCAAUGGUUGAGCAUGGAGGAGACAAACAGCAUGAUGGCAGCCGGACGACGCCAACCGCAAUACCUUCUGCCCGAGCCGAGGAUUCUUCGAACCGGCGCAGCUCGACUGACGGCCAAGAGUUGGACGAGUAUGCCGGUGGCAAGAAACGUAGCAGCACCGCAAAGACUGAAGAACCGAUGGCAAAAAAGAGCAAAGCAGAAAUGAUCGACGCGCUAUUCGGUAAUGAAGAUGUAGAUUUACGCCAGCUCCCACCAGUGUUGGUUAGACAAGAUGGAACGAAUAGUCCUCCUCCUGCAACAAGUGGUCGGGUCACCGGUGGUAUAGUCGAUGUGGAUUCAACGAGACCGGAUAAAACCAAUCGACCGUCUCGUUUUACGGAUGCGGCGAAGAGUCACGAUAAGGAUAAACUUGGUCGUCCAUUACUGUAUAACAAGCUACCCGAUGAUCCCAUCGAGAGACGCCGUUCGAUCAGCUCACUGACCACCCAACCGGGCGAUGUGGAUAUGCGGCAGUCAUUGCAUCACAUCCCCCCUCCUCGACUAGACCAGAGUGCUCUCGAUCAGGAUGAGGACAGUUCGAUGGAUAGUAUGAAUGCUAACAUCAAGACGAUCGUCGCACAGGCGCAGGAGCAAAUGGAAAAGGGGGAAAUUAAUCUGGAACAGUACAACAUAUUGAUGAAGCAGGUCAUUCAGCUGAAUGAGACGCAAAAGAUACGCCAAGCACAGCGCAUCGAGCAACGACAGGAGCCGCCGCCCAUCAUUCGCAUCGAUGAUAAUGGUUCGUUGAGUGGGGAAGAUGAUGUCAUCAUCACUUCGGCUACUCCAGGUAUUCAGGUCCCAACCGGUCCUCCGGUUGGUGGUAUGGGUAGGCCACCGCUUGGAGAGGUUGGAGUGAACAAUUUCCGCGGUAAAAUACAUCCGUUAGAUGGGGGCAAAAUGGGACCCGGGCCGAUGGGCACCAAACCACCGUUCGAGUCUCCGUUUGUUGCCAACACUCAAACAUCCGUUCCUCCUCCAGAUCAUCGUGUCUCACGAGAUCCUCGGCGGAUGCGUGAAUCGAAAUGGAAUCGCGUAGAACCACCGAACACGACGCCGGCUUGGGCGAACCGUGUCGGACCCGCCGUACCGACCGGUGCUACCACCGGACUAGUCCGAGGGGCAAUUAAUGUGCCCAGUCCUUGGGAGCAGGCUCCCUUUCCGAUGCCACCCAUUGUUGGCGAGCAACCGGCGAACCGAUUCGGGCCCGUCAACGGUUUGGCAGUGCUGGGAGCGGGACUGCCGGGAGCGGUACUACCGGGAGCGCUUUUGAACGGUGGCCCACCGCCUCCGAUAUCAACGGUCACCAAACUGAACGAUAGUGUGCGAACAAUCAAUAUCGACAGUAUCCAGCGUGAAAUACGUUUCUACGAGGAGACGGCCGUCGUGUUUAUGAACUGGGACGAACCGAAGGAGAUUGGUUUUCAAAAGGGAGCCCGUAUGGUGGUGGUGGACGAUCGCGAAACGUUCGAGCUCGGUUUCAACGAACCGUACAAAUCGGUCAGUAUCGAGAAUCACGUCUACCAGAUGCGCCUCGGUGCUCCGACGCGUGAACUAUACAUCGAUGAUUCGUGGUACGAGUGCUACUUCGGUGAUCCGCCAACGACGAUCACUCUUGAUGGCAAACAACGCGUGUUCAAGAUCUCCGGGCCACCACCGCAAGUAAAGAUCGGCGAUAGCCGGAACGAUCUGGUGGCGGGCAAGAUCAAUAUGAUCAUCGAUGCCGAGCUGAUUGUGCCCGUGUUUCUGGACUGUAAGCCACAGUUGUUCGAAAUAAAUGGUCACCAGCAUCGGUUGCAGUUUGCCGACUUUCUGCUAACGGUGCUGAUCGACGAACAACCCUUUCCGGUGGAGUACGGUGGAUUGCCGAAGGUGUUUCGGUUGCGCGAGCGCAGCUACUACAUUCGUUUCACGGCCGUCCCAAAGCUGGUAGUACCCGGCCGCGUCUACAUACGGGAUAUGGUGCGUACGCCCCUCUAUCGCGAUCUGAGAACUCCACCGAAGGAUGCUAGUCUUCUGCCAACACUUCCACCGCUAGGUGGUCCGCCAGUCGGUAUCGGACCUGCCCCUGGCGCUGGUGGUGGUGUUGGCGCCCCGGUACCACACUUACCACCGGGAACACCCGGUGGCGUUUCAGGUUUUGGUGCGCAAGUACGUGCCGACACUCAGAACGCCUCAUCGACCGGGCUUGACUAUCUCACGAAUUUGAUGCCAGCAAUGGCAAUGCAAACACAGGGUGCCGGGAUGGGAAAACAUCCUGCCUAUCGGAUUGAAUCGGACGAAAAGAUAUCAAACUCCCUCGAUAGUCCAGGAGGAGCUAGUAAUCAAAUUGCCGCUGCUGGCAGUGGUGGUGGUGGUGGCGGUCUCUCCUUGUUGGGUAAUAUCAAUGUGGGUGAGCUGUAUAAGAAGAUAGUGGCCGCUGGCAUCAUCACGAACCUUGGUGGGCAAGGCGCACCACCGGCGAUUAAUCCGUCGUCAUCGAACACGACUGCAGCAACAGAAGCAGCAGCCCCAACGACUAGUAAGGGCAGUAGAGGAGACAGGGCUGACAGCCGGAAUGCCAGAAUGGCUCCCAUCGAACCCGUGCGCCUUGAUCAACCAGAUAUGCUUCGUAAACGCCAGGCUGCCAUUGUGUACCAGCUGUUCUCGGGCAUGCAGUGCAGUAGCUGCGGUGUCAGGUUCCCACCCGAGCAGACGAUGAAGUACAGCCAACAUCUGGACUGGCAUUUCCGGCAAAAUCGACGCGAUCGCGAUUCGGCCCGCAAGGCACACUCGCGCAAGUGGUACUACGACGUCUCGGAUUGGAUCCAGUAUGAGGAAAUCGAGGAUCUGGAGGAGCGAGAAAAGAACUGGUUUGAAACGCAGCAGGGUGCCGGUGACCACCAGGGUGACUCGAGAAUGAAGGCUGGAGGCAUUGGAAGCAGCGGCGGUGGCAGCAACGGUGGUAUCGGAGUCAUGGGUGGUGAUGAUGGGGAGGAUGGUGGGUCGGCAGCUAAUAACGAUUCCCCGCAACCGAGCUGCCCGGCCGGGACGAAUGAGGACGAUCGGCAGUGCCACAUGUGCCAUGAUGUGUUCGAGCAGUUCUACAACGAGGAGACGGAGGAUUGGCAUCUUAAGUGUGCGAUCCGCAUCGACGGUUACACCUACCAUCCGCUAUGUUACGAGGACUAUAAGGCAUCACUAACGAUGAGCGAAUCGACGCUCGGUAACACGCUUCUAGACGGAACGGGUGAGCAGUCGUUCGAAGAAAGCCAAAAAGAAGGGGAAGGUGAUAUGGAUGCGAGCGAGUCGACUGGCGAGGAUGGUACAGACGAGCAGGGUGCCGACGGGGAACCAGGCGACCGUAAAAUCCGUGUCAAAACCAGAAAAAGGAAGGCAAAAGCAGAAGGAGAUAACGCCGGGGAUAAGGACAGCGAUGAUAAUGACGAUGAUGAUGAUGAUGAUGUGAUAGUGUUACCAACGGUAGAACCCGUGGUGGAAGAAAUUCUCGAUGACGAGGCCGAGUUACUGGCAUCAGAGAAGAAGAGCGCGGCUAACGAUGGUGGUAGUGAUGAUGCGGGUGAUAGUGAGGCGCAAAAGUCUUCCACUUCGAAACCCAACUCACCGCAGGCACCGCGUCAACCGGAGUUCCAGGAGCGGCAAAUCGACGAGGAUUUGUUCAUUCAGGAGCCGAACAUUGAAGUAACAGAUUUGGAUGAUAUCGAGGAUUUUCCGGCCGGAGGGGGGAGCAGAACGGUAACACAGCCGUCGAAUGGAGCAGGUGAUGGAACAACCGGCGGUGACAACGAUGCAGAAGGUUGUCUCCAGAUCAAAAUCAAGGAGGAACCGAAGGAUGAGGACGAAGCAGACGAAGAGGAUGCACUUUUCGAGGAUGUCGGUACCAUCGAAUCGAGCGUGAUUGAAAUCGCCUGCGGUAGUGAUCAUCAAUCACCGAACCCCAUCACAACGACAAUCCCCAUGGAGGAAGAUGUUGGUGAGGAUAGUGUUGCGGGCGAGAUCAUGCCAUCAUCACCAGGAGAUACAUCAAAUCAAAUGGGCACUACUGUGACGGCGACUCCUGCUCAAAUGGCAUCGAAGGCGUCGAUCGAUGGUAACGUGGAGCUGCAGGAUGCACCGCAGGCAUCAGUGGUCGUGCCAAACAAGAUCAAAAUUAACAUCACAACGUCCAAGUCAAAUGCCGCGGCCACUCAAUUGCAGCAGCAGCAGCAGCAGCAGCAGCAGAAUCUCGCAGCAAACGAAGGUGACGAGACGAAUGGUGUCGGAAGUGGUGGAACGAAUGGUGGUACGGGUACGGAUGCCGAGUUUGUCGCUGUAGGUCAUGCUUCAUCAUCACGUGGUACAAGUCCUAUUGGCAGGGGUAAUCACCGUGGUAGUCGCGAGCUUGGAGAGGAUGGCAUGUUUGAAGAACUGAGCAACGACGGUGGCAGUGGUUGGGAAGAGGUCGAGGAAAAGGACGAACGCGUGGAACAACAACAACAACAACAACAACAACAGCCAAAUAAAGAGCAGGCGAAUGAAUUGUCCGCCUCAAGCACCUCGGGCGUGGCAUUCGAAGAAACGACUGACGUUGCGUAUGAGCUGAAGACGGGCUUGCAGGGGAUCGAACUGAAUCGACAGCCACGUGUCACCAGUGGCUACGAAGCAUCUGGUCUCUGUUCGAUCAUGUAAAUAGUUCAUGAACUUGCACUUCUUUUCUCCAUAGGUUGAGGAACACGGGGUGGAGUACACGAUGUUGCAAUUUUAGAAAAUUCGAUCCUUUUUUUUAGAGUUUGAGUGGAAUUGUUUUUCUCGCUGUUUUAACCGGACAGCCGUAUGUUUAUUACACGCGAUGAUUUGUUUUUAGAAUUCCGUUCAGUACAAUCAAUUGAGAGAACGCUGUGUUAGCAGAGAUAUAGAUUGGGAGAGAGAAAGAGGGAGAAGUUUAUCAUCGCACGAGGGACGAGACGGAUUGUGUGAUAAUAUUGUAAAUAAGGAGUUCUGUAGAGGGAAGCAGCCACAUAGAAGUCGGAUAGCAGGCAGAAGAAGUCCUAGAAAAGCGUUCUCUAGAGUAAUUGUUAGGAGUAAGUAGCAUUUAUAUGAUAUGAAAAUGACAAGGGGAUUUGGCAGGAUGUGGUGCUUUGAGGAGCAUUAGGAACUGCAGCACGGCGGCACACUAGAUUUCAAACGAGUAAGCGCGUGGCGGCAAUCCUGUAAUCGUUCCGUUCUGUAGUUAUUGCGCCCCACAACCAUCAUCACACUAUCCAUGAAAACAUCCGAUCAAAGGAUACUAGUUCCUAUCAUAAUAAGUUUGCUCCAAUUCUGUGUUGGGUGAGGGGUUUGGGAUUUUUUUUCUUUCUUUCCUUUUUUUUCUUCAUUUUUUGUCUGAAUCAAACCGGACUGUGUCUGAGUGGAACUAGCGAAAGCUUGUGAAUUCUCAAUUUGUUGCAUUGCUGCUGAUGCUGCUGUGGCUCGCGAGGCUGUGGCGCAAAUAUAAAUUGUUUGAAUAUUACCCAUCCUACCCUACAAAGGCACACAUUACUUGGGAGUGGAAGCAAAUUAUGUAAACCAGGAUAGUUGGAUAGUAUUUUUCCAGGCUGCGCGUAUCGAUCUCCGCUAGUCGUCAACACAACUGCCGUCGUCACCGCCACCGCCAUGCCGUGUCGUGUACUGGUCAGAAGGAUCAUGGAAAUCGUAAAAAACCAAAUAAAAACGGCGAACAAAGGAGCAAUUGAAAUAGAAAAUGAAUUGUAGCGAGCAAAUGUGUUGAGAUCGUGUUGAUUCGUGUCUUCUGUGGCUAGCGGAAGGGAAGGAAAGGGUGGAGUGCGUUCUUCUUUUAGUAUCGCUAGAUGCGCAUACGGAAAGAAAAAUAAAGAAACAAUAAAAUAUAAAAGGAAAUAAAUAAAAAAAGGAAGCGAAAAAUGAGUAAAAAAAUCAUCAAACAUUAAUACUAUAUCCAUCUACUACCCCAUUAUCUCGCUGCAUAAUUUCUUGGGUGUUAUUUUGCUUUCUAUCGUUUGUAUCAUGACGUGAAACAGAGAGAUGAACGGUUUUAGUUUUAGAUUGUACUUGAUCUUACUUUGGAUAAUAAAGGUUUUUACCCGAUAAUGCCUAAUCAAAACAGUAAUAACGCAUA